AAUGACUGAUUGACAGUCAUAUUUCCGAACGAAACGAAACGUAUUUCGCCUGCUGCAUUGCAUCAAAAGACCUUAAAAAUUCAGUGUUUCCUAUUAUUAAUAUUCUAUUUGGUACGUUAGUGCAUCUUCCAGUUAGACAUGUGACAUUAAAAACCAGUUUUGCAUGUUGCGUGUGAUGAAUAAUGGUGAUAAAGUUGUUGUGUAGCGGUGACUGUUGAUGUGUCCAUUGAUGGGCCAUUGUAGGUGAAUGUUGUUUACGGUGUGGUGAAGGUGCGACUAGCGGCGCUGCAGGGCGGCGGCACGAUGCACGAGCUACUGAAGCAUGUGCUGACGGAGCGGGACCUCACCCGCGCCGGAGACAUCUUCGCGAUCCCUGACGCGGACAUUGUUGACGAUCUCAACGAAGUCUUGAAACAAAUAACUGAGAUAUCAUCUCGAGCAGACUACUGUCGGAACGACCGAGACCAGGCUCUGAUAGAAAUAUGUGUUGCGCGAGUCACAUCCUGUGUGAAGGAGACAGGUACCUUGGACAAGUAUUGCGGGGCUCUAGUGGCCCUGCUGGAGUCUUGUCUGCACCACAACCUGAUGCCCCUCGGCCACCUCCGGGAUGAUGAUCCACCUCAUGCUAAGAUUGCUUCAGAUAUCAUAGCAUGCAUUGUUUUGGUAUCAUUCCCACUUCAGUCUGACAAGGAGAACUAUGGCAAUAAGAGUGUAAUGGAGUUGUUCCUGCCAGUGGCUGUCCAGUUCUUGCACAAGGGCAACCGAGAGAUAUCACGUCACAUGGCGCGGUAUCUCUCACUAGCCGCUGUACAUCAUGCGGUGCUGCUGAAGCCACAUGUGCAGACUAUCAUGGACUCCAUUAUGUCAGGUAACUACCCUCUCUGCCGAAUCCUGACGAAUCUAUACGAGGUGUCUCCGGAGCCACUCGAGGGUCACACCCCAGCAUUGGUAUCGUUACUACCGCACGCUGAGCCGGUGGAGAAGAGCUCUUUAUUCGCCCUGUUUGAGCAAAUAGCAGCCCGCAAACCAGAAGCUCUGAAGACAUGUGUGCCACAGCUGUUGUCCUACUUGUGUCCUCAUACAGCCAGUCAGACUGAUCCAGGCUGCAUGUGUGUGGAUAUACUGCAGGUGAUAGCGAGUCUGAGCCGCAGUCGAGUGACGUUGGUGGUGGACCAAGGUCCGGCCGUGAAGCGGGCGGCGCGGCCGCCGCACGCCUCGCCGCAAGCUGUCACGCUAGUCGCCAACAUACUCACGCAGCUCGGGUACACCAGCAGGGAGUUGGCCCAGGAGGCGCUGAACUUCGUGGUGGAGCGUCUGGGCACGGCGCCGCGCGCGCUGCAGGCCGCGCUGCUGCGGGACGCCACCUCGCUGUGCAGCGCCUUCCCCGCACUCUUCACCGACAACCUACUCACCGCCGUGCGAGCUAACACCAGCAGCAAUCGUCCUAAGUCCGGGUCGAGUCAAAGCGAAGUGAAUCGAACAUCAACAGGGGUGACUAUUGUGAGACUGGGCGGGGGACAGACCCCUGCGGGGGCCGGCAAUACCGGAGGAGGGGGUGCUAGUACGGGGGGAGGGGUAGCUAGUACGGGGGGAGGAGGUAGUACGGGGGGCGUGGGGAAUGGGACUGGCAGCACUACGGGGAGUAGUACAGGGGCCGUGGCGGGCGCGGCGGGGGCUGCGGGCGGUACGGGCGGCUGGGGGCGGCGCGCCAAGCUGGGGGACUCGCGCAGCACGGGCCGUCUGCACCCCGGGCCCGCGCCGCAUCGCAGCAUGACCAGACUCAACGUACCUGGAGGUUCAGUGGGUGGUCUCCACAAGAGUAUGACGCGACUGUCAUCUUCGCAACAAAUCAACACGCCACCCAAUGGAACCACUAGUACAGUAGCAAACAGCAAACCCUCAUCAUCAUCAAGCGGCGUUGUGGGCAAGUCCAACGGGGGCAGUGGGGGCAACGGGGUAAACGGAGUCAAUGGAGCCAACGGGGCCAAUGGGGCCAGUAGUGGCAUCACAGUGACGAGCGUGUGCCCGGGCCGCGCGCCCCGGCCUGCGCCCCGCCCGCACCACCACCACAACAUACUCAUCGGAUCCAACGCUGGACCUAACAACCAAACCAUAAUAUCAGGACCGCCUCUAUCAACACAGUCGAUAUCAGUGAACCCGCUCACUCCGGGGAAGUCAUCGGAUGGUUUGACGCCGAUCACGUCCGCAGUAUCCAUCCAGCACUCCAACACAGCGUUAGGGAAUGUAUCGGUGGUGACAUCCAGUACGCCGGGCUCGGGGCCUAUAUCCGUGAGCCCCACCAACCCGAUCUCAAUCUCAGGGCCCGUGACGGUGACGUCACGACGGGCCAACAACACCAGCGUGACUAUGAUCAACACGAACAAUGGCUCGACCAACACAUCGGCCUCCAACCAUAGGAUCAGCGUGUUCGAGCCGUACCCCAUGCGGGAUACAGUGCAACACUUCUGUGAGAAGCACUUGGAUAAGAUCAAGGCGUACAUGGAUAAUGUGUCGCUACGACUGCCUCCGCCUGCUAAAUGUACUAUUGAAGAGCGUCGUUCGAAGAAGCAGGCGCGGCUAAUGUUCGUGUGCGGUCGUCGCGGCGCGCACUGCCUGUACGCGCGCUGCAUGUUCUCGGUGCGCACGCGCCUGCCGCGCGUCUGGAUCCACCUCAUGUUCCUGGCGCUGCAGGCCAGGCAUCCGUCCGCGCUGUCCUCCAGGGACCCCACCGUGGCCUCGCUCAAACACUGCUGGGACAUACUCAAGUGCGAGAAUAAAACCUUUCUGACGCUCGUCACUGGAGCCUUCCCUGGGAUCAAGGAACAAGAGAUGUUGCUGAAUGAGUUGCGUGCUGCGGGUUUCUUCGACGUAUUCGAAGUAGUGGCGCGGCGGAACGACGGCGCAGCUCUACCACCCACUCAGGCGACGUGGGGUUGCUUCCUGUGCACCCACCCGGAGCGCGCCGUGGGGUUCCUGGCGGCCGACGGCGCGCCCGUCAUCGAGGGACAGCUCAAGGAGAAGAAGGGCCGCUGGAGGAUCUUCCGCCGCUGGAGGACCAGAUACUUCACGCUCUCCGGAGCGCACCUGUCUUGUAAAGGAUCUAGCGGCGGCGAAAGCAUCGAUAUAAACCAAAUUCGAUCAGUAAAAGUAUCUCGAGGCGCGCGGAACAUUCCCAAGGCGUUUGAGAUAUUCACGGGAGACCAGACGCUUAUACUGAAGCCGAAAGAUGGGAAGAAUGCUGAGGAGUGGGUGCAGUGUCUCAGCAUCGCAGUAGCGCACUCACAGGCCAGGGACGCGCCCGCCAAGGCAAACAGUCUGCCUGCGCGGGGACUCACGCUCAAGAGCUUCUAACUGUAAGUUACGAACAAUCUCUAUACACAAGAUAAUAGACAAAGAGAGCAGAGUUACUUUCGUUUCGUAAUGGACUUGUAACGUAUGAUAAUCGUACAAAAGUUGCUUGCUCAUUAACUUCCCGCGUAAAUACUAAAAUAUGACGCCAGUGUUCAAUAAAGUCUACUUAUUAUAUUAAAUACAAACAGCCAUACACUCAUACAUAUACAAUAUGACUGAAUAUAAGACUUGUAUUGAAACAUGCAUUUUUAUAUAAAUUAUUACGUAAUAUAUCAAGUUGCUAAAGUAGCCAGUUAAUGUUCACAUUAUUAUAAAUGAUGUAUAAAAGUAAAAUAUUAUUGAAUGUAUAAUGUUUAGAGACAUUGGAAUGUAAUUGAUAUAUUGAUACAAAGAUCAGUGGGACUUGCGCAAACAGUUGCGCAGUGUUGUUCAUAUUUUGCGCAAGUUUAGUAUUAUAUUAAGCUUGAAUAUAUCCUGCUUGAUAUCAUUUGCCAGAUCAUAUGCGGUUGUAACGACGUACAGUCAUGUAUAUAAUUGAAAAUGCUCACAAAGUAUAGUGAUAAGUUUUAGAAUAUUGUACCCACAUUCCUUUGCAUAACGGGAAUAAAAGGUAUUUAAUGUUAUCGUCUUCCUGUAGAAUCUAUACUUUGCAAAUUCUCGGUGUAUAUUUCAAUUUAUACGGCAUUGUAUGUACUUAAUGGAAACAUAAUGUAUGUGUAAAGUUUCUAAAACUUUAUGCGCAAGUGAAGCGUAAAAGUCGUGUGGACUAAUUUCAAGCGUUUUGAAAUUGCAUGAUCUUAAUUCGAUCCCUAAGUAUUUUGUAUGAAUAAUAUGUAUAUUGCUUACAAUUUUAAUCUAAUUUUGGCAAAAAUCAAUUUUUAUUGUCCAUUUUAUUAAGUCAUUUAUUUAUUUGUUACAAUAUUUUAGUGCCUUAUAAAUGAUAAGUUUGUUUUAUUGCGCUUAAAGUACAAUAGAUAUUUACAAUUUUGUUUAGUGGUAGAUUAAUGUACAGUGACGCGUAGGCAACAAAGUUAUAUUUAGUCAUACAGGCUCUUUAUUCGAGCUGGUUUUAUUGAGUUCUUUUAGGACACGUUAUCCGUCCGUUUUGUUUUAAAAUGUCGUAAAUAAGUAUACUCAGAAAUAUAUUAUGCAUAUAAAAGUCAAAUGUUAACUUAAAAAAACAUUUUGCAACAUUGAUUUGCGUAACUGGAUUUGGAAAGGAAUUUUAUAAAUCAUUGACUUCAGAGUGAAACUCGUUUUUUUUAACGAUAUUAUGUUAAUCAAUAAUUUUAUUUAACAUUUAUUGUACGAAAUAAUUUGUAAGAUUUUUUGACAAAUUGAGAUUUUAUGAAGAUGUGAAAGCUAGAAGACUGAAAGCUGGUCAAAUGUCGUAGCUACUUAUUGUUGCGUGUCUGACGGACUAACAAUAAUACUAAACACAUUCUGACAACCCAAGCUUAGUUCCGUGUGAACUGCGGAAGGACUCAGAAUACAAAGCAGUUACUUAAUAUUUAUGUUUGGUUAAAGUAUUUUGUGAUUCAAAAUUAACAUUCCCGUCCUGUUCAGUGCUUCUAAAUAAUAAUAAAAUUAUUAUGUACUGUUGUGGUCUCAAAAAUCAUUAUAAAUGGUUGUAACGCGAAUGACAUUAGUCUUAAGUAGUUUUAAGUUGACUUACGAGGGGAGGAACUUGAAAGAAAAAGAGCAAAAACGAGACAUUUCAAAAUACUGAUCAUCCGCCCCAAGAUUGAAGUUUAGUUUCUAAAUGUAAACCAGUACUUAACUUGCCAUCUCGCAUUUUACGAAAGCACAAUUUAUCACGUUUUGUAAUAAUAAGUAAGUUUGCUUUAUUACGUAACAUUUAGUUAUCUGUCACUCUCUGAACCUGAGGUUGUUAUCACCAAAAAAUCAAGUGUUCAUUGGUAAACCAAAUUGUUUCUUUGUUAGAUUACGUUUAAUGCUAUGUAACAUAACAGCUUGCUUGUAGCCGGGCCUGAACAGAGCAACUGAACUGAAUUAUGACGUGUAAAAGUGUUCUUUUGUAGCCUAUUUGCAAAAAUAAAUUCAUUUCAAUUUAUUUACGAACUUUACGAACAUUCUGACAAAAUAAUCAACUUUUUCUAUCAGUUGCACAGCUUUAGGCCCCUUUUUAGUGCUUAUGGGUGCUUCAGAAUAAUAUAAUAACUUAUAUAAACUAAACCAAUAACGUCCAUUAUACAAGUUAUACAUAUAAUAUAAAUAAAUAAUCUAGUUGUAUAUAAUCGUAUUGUUAUCUAAUUGAAUCAGAUUUUAUUGAAGGAUACGCCUGAAAACGCCACCGAAUUUAAAUGAAAUGUUUAAUGUAUUGUUUUAAUUAUUGCAAGAAACAAACUUUGUAUUGAUGUUUUGACAUGGUUUGUGAGUAUCUCCACUGAAUAUACACGUUUAUAUCUACAUGUUGUAUACUAUAGAGCUCGGUAGAUGUUGAAGGUACAUGUAUUUUUAAGCCAGUGCCCAUUUUUUUAUUCAGAUUACUAGUACGUCAUGGCGAUAUGUAAGAUCAUAAGUACAUAUCUAUUUGACCUUUUUAGUAACUUUUCGGAUCAAUUAAUUUUUACUGUGUUAAUUGUUCAAUUGUUGUCUUCCAUUUAAAUUUGAUUAGGCAGUUGCUUAACUAUGUUGUGAAAAUAUCCAAUUCCAAUUGUUGUACUCAUUUGGUUCAUCCAAUGGUUGCUAGUGUUCAUUGGUAUAUAUAUUCACUAUGACGUACUAGCACUCUGUGAGUAGUGUAAGAUGAUACAGUUGCCAAAAUAAAUGAUAUAUCAUAGCUUCGAUAGCCAAUAAACAGUUGUACAUACAAAUAUUUAUAUGAAACAUGUUGAUUAAGUUUAAGUGCUGCGGACAACUUAUGAACUUGGUGCUACAAUAUAAUAAUAUAGUAAUGAUAGUGUGAAGCUCGCUUCCAGUCGGUAUACGAGUGGCACAGGGCCCGUAUCGUGUACUCUUUGGCUCAUGUACUUAAAACUGCCCUAUUUAUUAGUUAUUACAUUAGUUGUUUGUA